UAUGACCAAAAAAACAAAGAAGGUAGGAAUCACAGGUAAAUAUGGUACCAGAUAUGGUGCUUCUUUGAGAAAAAUAAUUAAGAAAUUUGAAAUUUCUUAACAUUAGAGAUAUUUUAACACAUUCACAGGAGCAGUAUGAAUUGAAUUGAAUAUUAAGCACUCAUUAAAAAGAUAAGCAAUUGGUAUUUGGAGAUGUACAUAAACAGGAUUACAAAUUGCAGGUGGAGCUUGGGAAGUAAAGUAAUUAAUUAAUCUAUCAUGAGUACUCCAGCUGGUUUGUCUGCUAAAUAAGGUAUGUUGAGAAUUAAGAAAUUGNCUAAAAACAGAAUCCCCACUUCUCAAACCAACUGA